GGUGGCUGUGUUAGUCAAAUUUGACAUUGUCCUAACAAGUGCCCCCAGAGAGACAGUUUAAAGGAGGAAGAAUUCAUUUUUUGCUCACUACUUCAGAGGUCUAUCUUUGAUCACUAGGGCCCAUUGCUGUGGGCAUGAGGUAAGGCAAAAUAUGGCAGUAAGUCUGAGGCUGUUUUUUUUUUCUUCUUGGAAAUAUAUUAGAGAGAGUGUGACAGGAAUGCACCAGGGCCAAGACCUGUCUUUUAAAGUCACACAGCCAGCAACCCAUUUACACCAACUAAAUCUCAGCAUUUACAGUUCAAUCAGCUGUCAAGAGUCUUGUAAACUGCAGUCCAUCAAAGGGUUAAAGCAGUGAUUAACUCAACUCUCUUAUGAUCUAAUCUUCUCUGGAAACACCCCGACACACCCAGAGGCGGGUUCCACUAAUCUCCCAGGAACCUCUUAAUCCAAUCAAGUUGGCAGUCAAGAUUUACCACAGUGCUCUUGCAUAUUUAAUGAAGGGAUUAAACCGACAGGUAUUUAAGGAAUGGGUGGGCCACUCUGGGCUUUCAUAAAUCCUGUGUCUCCACGAGCAGUUCAGUUGGGCCUCGUGGGAUCCAGGUGACUGCAGUAUGGAUUUAAAGUGUACAUUUGGCAUGCUGGAAAAAGAAGCCCGGAGAAGGAGAAUUAUUCUGAACCAGAAUCAAAAGGACACUCUUCAUGCUUGGUUUGAAAAGAAUCCCAACCCGGAUUUAGCCACGAGGGGACAUCUGGCUAAGGAACUCGGCAUCUCUGAGUCUCAAAUUAUGACUUGGUUUCAGAAGCACAGAAAAAUGCAGAAACAAGUAGAGUAUGAAUAUUGCUUUGAAGAAAGCCAAGGCCAGGGACAAGAUAAACCUAAAGUUAAAGAAGCUGGAAGGAGCAGGACACACUUCACAAAAUUUCAGACUGAUAUUCUAAUCGAAGCUUUCCAGAAGAAUCGGUUUCCUGGGAUAGUUACCAGGGAAAAACUGGCUCAACUAACAGGCAUCCCGGAAUCCAGAAUUCAUAUAUGGUUCCAGAACCGAAGAGCUCGACACCCAGAACCAAGACAGAGCCCUCAGGCAAACGUUAAAUACCCCCGGAUUAGGCAGCACCUUGCUCAGAAGACUGCCUGUCAACUUGUUCCUUCCAAAGCUCCUGCCACUAGCUCUUCUGUUCUGUCACCUCUUUCUCCUCCCCCAACACCAUCUGGUCCUUUGGAUCUCUCUAGGGGCCGUCAGAAACAGUUGUCAAGGACGACAGCACUACAGCCCCCCCAGCUUGUACAGCGAAGGGGUGAUGGUCAAAACUCCUCAGUGUUUGCUGGCCACUCACCACGGGUCGGAACUUCAGGCGAGGAGGCCUUCUGUGCUUGGGCUCCUUUAGGGCUCCCAACCCAAGAAAGAUGGCAGGACUCCAGUGAGAACAGUGGCUUGGCUAUACCGCCCUUAGAACAUUCUACUCAGGCUCCAGCUGUCAAUCAACACUUUCAGGAACCGGACCCGAAAGACCCCGCCUUUCUACAACACUGGGAUAAAUGGAUCCAGUCCAUGCUUGCUGAAUGGAUGCCUGAUAAAGAAUACUGGUCUCUGGAGAAAGCUGAGCUGCAUCCGUGGCAGGAGCCGCUUCGGCAGCCUGCCGACGUGCCUCAUCAAGCAGACCAAACUCCACAGCAGUAGCGUUAAGCCUCAAGCCCUUUCCAUUAAUUCCCACUGAAGACAGCUUUUUCAGGAAAGGGCCUCAUCUUUCUGUAUCCAGGUCCAUAUGUGGUGACUGUACACAGCUUGGAGAACUUGUCAGAAGAUUUUCAGGUCCUCCUUAACGUGAGAAGAAGUUCGUUAGUGACUUAGAUUCAGGAGAACCUGUCUUUGGAUGCAAAAUCAGUGGCUAUACGGAAGCAUAGGUAUACUGAAUUAUGGAACAAAUUCAAGUCAGUAUACACAUAAACCACUCGGACACGCAAAGGGAGCAGUUAUGGUUAUCUUUAAUUUAUUCUUGAGAUCUGGUCUUGCUGUUACUCAGGCUGGUCUUGAGCUCGAGUUUGUAAGUCAAGUCAACUCUCCUGCCUCAGCUCCCUAAAUACCUGCCACCACAGGAAUAUGCCUCCAUGUCUAUCUUGGUUUUAAUUUUACUUAUGUUUUUAAAAAUAAAUUAUAAAGUUUCAUUUA